GGUGUCCCCGGAGAUGCCGGUGCCCCCGGUCCCGCCGGUGCCAGGGGUGAGAGAGGUUUCCCCGGUGAACGCGGCGUCCAAGGCCCCCCCGGUCCCCAAGGUCCUCGUGGUGCUAACGGUGCUCCCGGUAACGAUGGUGCUAAGGGCGAUGCUGGUGCUCCCGGUGCCCCCGGGAACCAAGGGCCCCCCGGUCUGCAGGGUAUGCCCGGAGAGCGUGGUGCUGCUGGCCUGCCAGGCGCCAAGGGUGACAGA